CUUCAGAGCAAGGACGACUCUUACCAAGGGACUGCAGCCCUGCCAGUAAAGGCUCACUGGUUAAGUAAUGCUGACGUCCCGAUCUGGAUCCCGGAUCGCCUUAUCCGGCCAGCUCUUGGGACAGCGCCGCGGGAAGCGACGCUGGAAGAAGAACAAGAAGCAGACAGUCAACAAGCUGAAGAAGCUGAAGAUAACAUCAGCCGAGAAGGAAAUCACGUGGACAAAGAUCAAGAACCUCAUUCGCGCAGCGAAGGCGUUGUUACAUGAACAAGGGAGACCCCUUUCUGCCCCCUAUUAUUUUUUGGCCUUUUUAGCCUUAGUCUCGGCACCGAUGGGGGAAGUGGAGGGGAUUUCCUAUUGGGCCUAUGUACCAAAUCCUCCAAUUAUUCAGCCAGUGGGAUGGUUAGACAGAGAGCCUAUUAAAGUGCUAACUAAUGAUUCUGUAAGAAUGGGAGGAGCUCAAGGUUCUGAUGAAAGAUAUUCCACCUCUUCAUUAAUAACCUUUGAGGGAAGAGCAGAUUCUCUGCCCAUUUGCCUGUCACUUAAGGGGGAACCACCAUCGGGCUGUCUUCCCACCUCAUACAGAACUUUUCUAGCAGAUGGACCAGAUAAGACGAGCUCAAUAGAAAGUGGAAUAUCUGGUGGUAAGAAACGGGAACAGAAGCGAUGGAUGUGGGAAAGGCAACUGCAGGUAGUAGGGCAAGCACUUUAUAAUGAUAAUUGUACAGUCAUUCCUGCUGUGUCUAUGCCCACAACACCAUGUGAGCUUAAAUUUCCUACUUCCAAAUCAGAUGAAUUGUGGGAUUCUUCUUUAACAAAAAAUCCAACAUGGCUGUCAUGUGGUUUUCAUAAUUCGGCUACAUUUUAUGAUCCUGACAAUUUAGGACUAAGAAUUUGGGAUUUUUCUAAUUCUAUAUGUAAACGCAGCUGGAAUCUGGAACAUUACAUUAAUGCUGUGGAUAGAUUUCAUGGAUAUCGAUAUGAAAGACAUGGGGAACCUUUAAGGCGAUGGUUUUCUCCAGGAUAUGUGGAACCUAUUUUAUAUGCCAGAAAAGGGAAUAAAAUUAGGAAGCAUUUAGAUUUGUUUAGACUGUCUGCGGCUGCUAAUAUGAUUCUUGAGAAGCGUCCAAAUCAGACAAAAUCAGAACCUAUCAGUGUCAAAGCUUGUGUUGCUUAUCCAAAUGCUCUUUUGUUGGUUCCUCCUACUGGUUCUUUAAAUAUUAGUGCAGAACGGCAAUCAUAUAGAUUAUUAUGUUAUCAAUGCGUGUUAACAAAUUGUAUAGGGUCCACAGUGCAGAAAAAGUAUUAUGCUAUGCUAAUAGUGCGCCGACCUCCCUUUAUAAUGUUGCCAGUAGAAUUAGGAAAAAAUGCAUGGUAUGAUAAUUCUGCUUUGCAAGUACUUGAUAUGUUAUCUGAAUUGUUAAGGCCAAAAAGAUUUGUUACUUCAUUGAUACUAGGAAUAACUGCUUUAAUUUCUAUUGUUACUACAUUUGCUGUGGCUACUACUGCAUUAGAGAACGGAAUUCAGACUGCUCAUUAUGUAAAUACAUUAAACGGGAAUAUUACAAUGGCUUUAUUAAGACAAGAAGCAAUUGAUCAAAAAUUGGAAGCUAAAAUCAAUGUGUUGGAGGAAGUGGUCCUCGCUUUAGGACAAGAUAUUGCUAACUUGAAGACAAUGUUCUCUGCACGCUGUCAUAGUAGUUUUAAAUCAAUUUGUGUAACACCAUUGUUGUAUAAUACUUCACAACCUUGGGAGAAAGUGAAAGCACAUGUGCAGGGCGUGUGGCAUGAUAAUGAUAUUACACAUGACCUACAUGCUUUGCAAAAGGAAAUAGCGGUAGUAAGCCAGUCUAGAUUGCAACUAGGGGAUUUAAAUGAAUUAGCAGAAAGUAUAGGAUCGGGAAUAAAGGCUCUAAAUCCUAUCAAUUGGAAAAACUACUUAAUUUAUAUAGGAGUUUUAGCUGCAAUAGUAUUGGUGGUGAUUUUAUUGUUUCCUGGAGUGUUUAAAUGUAUACUCACUUCAUUGCGGGAUGUGCAGCAGGAAGUUUUCGAGCUUCGUCUUAAAAACAAAGGGGGAAUUGCUACACCCACAGCUGUCCCAUCUGCGUAGCAAAACUGCUGCCAUGUUGGGACCCUCAGGCUGGAGGGGUGGGGUCAGUGCUCCGCGGAGUGAAGCCCCAGGCGGUUCCCAUGCAGUCAGCGGUCGUCAUGGCCCCUGGCGGCUAGAAAGGCACGAAACUGCCAGCUUGGCUCAGAGAACUUUCCUUGCUGUUGCUUUUGUUUAAUUUUAGCAGUGCUUUUUCAUUGUGCUAUGUGCAGUCAAGUGGGGUACAGGUGGGACACCAGGAUUCAAUAAACUUUACCUCCGGGAACAUAUCCUUGUGGGCACCGCUAUUCAUCCAGGCUGUGCACAAUGCAGCCUGGGCAUUGACCUCAAAUAACACUCUGGGAACAUUGCUCGAUCCCACGGAGCAGCUGGAGCUGCUUAGCUUUGAUGAAGGAGAUGGCACGGCAGAAGCCCACUUGGAGAUGUUGUUAGGAAAUGUGCACGCCCAAAAAAGAUUCCAAAAGAGAGCAAGAAUUAGCAAAGAUUCCCAAGAGAAUUUUGCCAAAAGGAUAUGAACAAUAUCUAAUUAGUGGGCGGUGGUGGACUCGUCCUCAGUGGGCCCCGCAAGCGGGAAAAUAUUUACCCCCUCUAGUUAUUAUUCAGGUAGCGAAUUAGUGCGUGUGAGAGGAGGUUGAGAUAAAAUGAUCAAGAAAUUUAUAAAAGAAAAAUUGUCUUUAAGUUAAGAAAUGAACUCUCUGUGACCUUUCAUGAAAGUGCAGAUAUGUUUCUCACGGCACAUGUAGAUUGAAAAACCGAAACCACUAUUGUCUCACAUGUGAGUUAGAAUGUCCUGCUGAUUAAUGAUUGUAAGCGUAAUUUCUUUGCCUGGAAGCCUGUAUUUGCUUUGCCAAGUUCCGUGUAAAAGCGGAAUAAAAGCUUAUGCUUUGCAGCAAAUAAACGCAGCAGCAUACUCAUACAAUUUGGGUGUCUGUCUGUCAUUCCCCCCGUCGAUUCUUGCUCUCCUGAACACCUUCGCCCUCGUUCU